AUGGGCUACCUCAAUUCUGUUUUGUCUUCUUCAAGUCAGGUUCAUGCUGCUGAUGAUUCACCUGUUAGUGGUGGAGGGCUCAGUCAGAAUGGAAAGUUCAGCUAUGGAUAUGCUAGCUCCCCAGGCAAGAGAUCUUCAAUGGAAGAUUUUUAUGAGACAAGAAUUGAUGGCGUUGAUGGUGAAGUUGUUGGUCUUUUUGGAGUUUUUGAUGGUCACGGUGGCGCUCGUGCUGCAGAGUAUGUCAAGCAAAACCUAUUUAGCAAUUUGAUCAGUCACCCAAAGUUCAUUUCUGACACCAAAUCUGCAAUAGCUGAUGCAUAUACGCAUACCGACUCUGAAUUUCUGAAAUCAGAAAAUAACCAAAACAGAGAUGCUGGAUCUACUGCUUCCACUGCCAUUCUUGUUGGUGAUCGUUUGCUUGUUGCAAAUGUCGGAGACUCUAGAGCUGUUAUUUGCAGGGGUGGAAAUGCAAUUGCUGUGUCCCGAGAUCACAAACCAGAUCAAACUGAUGAGAGGCAAAGGAUAGAAGAUGCCGGGGGUUUCGUUAUGUGGGCUGGAACUUGGAGAGUUGGUGGCGUUCUUGCUGUUUCUCGCGCAUUUGGUGAUAGACUCCUUAAGCAAUAUGUUGUUGCUGAUCCAGAAAUUCAGGAAGAAAAAGUUGAUAGCUCUCUCGAGUUUCUUAUAUUGGCUAGUGACGGACUAUGGGAUGUUGUCUCUAACGAGGAAGCUGUUGCUAUGAUUAAACCAAUCGAGGAUGCAGAGGUGGCAGCAAAGAGGCUGAUGAAAGAAGCGUAUCAGAGAGGUAGUUCUGACAACAUUACUUGUGUUGUUGUUCGUUUCCUGAUGAACAACCAAGGUUCUUCAUCUCGUAAUAGCUCUGGCUAA